AUGCACCAUGAUCAAGCUGUCAACUCUUUGAUGCAGUGGAAGGAAUGCACCAAAAAUACUCAUGUACAGUGCCUCACCCGGCAUCCCAAUCUGACUAUAUUCUUGGGCCCCGACACCAUCCUCAUCAGUCGCAUGACGUUAUCUGUAGAAGUACUUAGAGGCUUGAAUACCCCACCUUUGAGGUUCGCAGUACAAGCGGGCAGCAAAAUGGGUACAGCUCUCCUAUCAGCCCAUUUUUACAGUUACAGCGAAUUUCGUGCUGCUGCUGCGUCCACAAGAGCUGCCUGCUUAUCUUGGACGGGGACCUGGAGCCAAGUAGCUAGGAUCAGUUUGGUAAUGAGCCGACACUUGGGCCAACAGGCACAAGCAUUGAUGGCGGAUUGA